GCGAUCCUGGGAAGUUAGACCGGCAAGAUGGCGGCGCGAGCAUCUUUGUGUGCCCUGGGCUGGCGUCUCUGGAAGGGUUCGAGGAAUUUUUCUGUAAGCAGUUGUAGGAACAGUACAGCCCAAAAUGGUGGCUUUCUCCUCAGCACCAAUAUGAAGUGGGUACAGUUUUCAAACUUACACGUUGAUGUUCCCAAGGAUUUGACCAAACCUACGAUAACAAUUUCUGAUGAACCAGACACAUUAUAUAAGCGCCUGUCAGUUUUAGUAAAAGGCCAUGAUAAGGCUGUGUUGGACAGUUAUGAAUAUUUUGCCGUGCUUGCUGCUAAAGAACUUGGUAUCUCUAUUAAAGUACAUGAACCUCCAAGGAAAAUAGAGCGAUUUACUCUUCUCAAAUCAGUGCAUAUUUUCAAGAAGCACAGAGUUCAGUAUGAAAUGAGAACCCUUUACAGAUGUUUAGAGUUAGAACAUCUCACUGGAAGUACGGCAGAUGUCUACUUGGAAUAUAUUCAGCGAAACUUACCUGAGGGAGUUGCCAUGGAGGUUACAAAGACAAAAUUAGAACAGUUACCAGAACACAUCAAGAAGCCAAUCUGGGAAACAGUACCAGAGGAAAAAGAAGAAAGCAAGCCAUAAAGUCUCAGACCACUUGUGCUGGGAUGUGAAAUGAGGGUGGACCAGACAGGCACAUGAAGGUGGUGUUGACAAAAAUGAUCAACAAACAGUAAGACUAGAAGAGAGUUUUGAGGCAAACUGAGGACUAGCCCACUUCCCAGAUUUCUCUGAGAAGCUGCUCUGGAGAAGUCUUGUCAGAAUAAAGAUUAAACAAGUCAGAGUUACAUUUCUUCAAGGUUUCAAAAAAAAAAAAAAAGAC